GCUCCUCAUCUCUGUAAUACUGUCGCUUCAAACAAAUCAUCGUCGACGAAAUUUUUAAUCGAACCGGAAAACAACACACGGCCCCCAGAUAUAGUAUCUCGCGUGACCUCGUGGGUGAUGACUGCAGCUGAAAACGCAUCGGAAUUCUGGCUCUAUGGCUACGGGAGCCUCAUAUGGAAGCCCCCGCCGCACUUUGACAAGAGAAUCCCGGGCUGGGUAACGGGAUACGUCCGGCGUUUCUGGCAGGCCAGCGAAGAUCAUCGAGGAACACCAGAGGCUCCUGGGCGAGUGGUCACUCUCAUUGAACGGUCCCACUGGGAACAGCUCACAGACCACCAUGACGAUGCUCCCGACAAAGUAUGGGGAGUAGCUUACCGGAUCCACGCCGACCAUGUGACAGAAGUCAAGGAGUAUCUCGACAUCCGAGAGAUCAACGGCUACUCCAUCCAUUAUACGCCAUUUCAUCCCGCUGAUGGAUCUUCACCCAUCCAGACGCUAGUCUACAUCGGCACGCCAGACAACGAGCAGUUUGUCGGUCCUCAGGACCCUCAGGAACUUGCCGAGCACAUCUUGCGUAGCCGUGGCCCCAGCGGGCUGAACAAGGAUUACCUCUUCGGCCUCGACACAGCAUUGGCAGAGCUGUGCCCGGAGAGUGAGGAUGUCCACGUGAGCGAUCUUGCGCGCCGUGUGAGGGCUCUUGAAGCCGCGGCCAACGGCUCAGCAAAGGCUCCCCGAGCUUCACCCCAAAUCUCCAAUUUCAAACAGGAGAGCAGCACAAGGGAGGCGGAGGAAAUCGAAAAAGUUGUCUCAUAAUAAGAAGGCGGGAAAAGACAAAGACCAGAAAAACUGACAAAGAAAUAUGGAAGGCAAAUGCUUUUUUUCCUCUCAGAUCCCCUAAUGAUAGACAAUGCCGCCCUCGUCUCUCAUACCGGCCGACCUAGAUAUUGAUCAUAGCCCGUCAUUAACGUCGCCAAUAUUAUAGUGGACCUUUUCUAGAAAGGUGGCCAAGAUUCCAAAAGCACAAGACGGGGCAAGUAAAAACCGGCAGUGAAAAAAACAAAAGAAAUCUUCCCUCUCCAAGAGCUUCUCCUCACGCAGGGCUCGUUAAUAGUCUGGACAGCUCAU